AUGAGAGGGGAAAGACGAACAAGACAGAAGAUUCGUGAGUGGUGGCUACAAGCUGGAGAUUACAAUGUGAUUGUCGUAGACUGGUCAGUCCACGCAGGAAACUGGAAUUAUGCUCAAGCAAAAGCUGCUGUAUCAGGAGUUGGAGAAGUGUUGGCUGCAUUGAUCAACUUGCUUGCUUCUCUUGGUGCCAGCACCAAUAACAUGCAGCUUGUAGGACACAGCCUAGGCGCCCAUGUCUGUGGUGUUGCAGGCAAUCGUGUUACUGCAGGAAGACUAAACAGAAUUACAGGCAUGGACCCAGCGGCACCACUCUUUGGUAUAGAGUUUACUGCAGACUGUCUUGAUGCAAGUGAUGCUAGCUUUGUACAAGUAAUACACACCAGUAUCGUAUUUCCUGGCUGGAAAGAUGCUAUGGGAUCAGUUGACUUCUAUCCAAAUGGUGGAUCAUCCCAGCCUGGCUGUGGCAUUGAUGCUGGAGGUGUCUGUAGCCAUGGUCGCUCAACAGAAUUCUUUGCUGAAUCUAUAACAACAGCCACCGGUUUUAAGGCACACCAGUGUGGCAGCUGGAAUGACUACAAUAGUGGAAGUUGCGAUGGCAAUCCAACAGCUCUCAUGGGAGAGACUGUAUCAACCAGUGCUUCUGGAACAUACUAUUUGGCAACUGCAAGUUCUUCACCAUACGCUCUUGGAUAG